GCCAGCUCCUGCAGCCCCUCGGCGUCCCGCAGCAGCCAGGCCAAUGCGGCCUGCGGGAUCUGCGGACCCACCUACGGGCGGGGAAGCACCUCGACUCUCAGCUGGUUCCGGGGGCGGACGCUGCCUUACCCGUCCCUGAGGAGUUCUUUCCUGGCAGCAGGUCGCCCUCGGGGCUUGCCACCUGCCCUCCCAGGAGAGACCCUACGCGCCCUCUGAGCUGAUUCCCGGUACUCGCCCUUUGAGAGCCUGUCUGAAGAGCAUGCUGCCCCCUCACUCCCCACCUGGCCUGGCCAUCCCUGCCCCCCCAGCCUGACCCCCGGCCCCAGCAUGGCCCAGGGUGCCAUGCGCUUCUGCUCGGAAGGCGACUGUGCCAUCUCCCCGCCACGAUGCCCACGCCGCUGGCUCCCCGAAGGCCCGGUGCCCCAGAGCCCCCCGGCCAGCAUGUAUGGCAGCACAGGCUCCCUACUACGGCGGGUGGCAGGUCCAGGUCCCCGAGGCCGGGAACUUGGACGUGUGACAGCACCCUGUACACCCCUGCGUGGCCCCCCUUCACCCCGUGUUGCUCCCUCACCCUGGGCACCCUCUUCACCCACUGGGCAGCCCCCACCAGGGGCCCGGAGCUCUGUGGUCAUAUUCCGCUUUGUGGAGAAGGCCAGCGUGAGGCCACUGAAUGGGCUACCUGCUCCCGGAGGCUUGAGUCGGAGCUGGGACCUGGGUGGGGUCUCUCCUCCCAGUCCCACCCCAGCCCUUGGGCCUGGCUCCAACCGCAAGUUGCGGCUAGAAGCAUCCACAUCAGACCCACUCCCAGCUGGAGGAGGCUCAGCUCUGCCUGGCAGCCAGGGCCUUUUACACGGGCCACCAGCUCAACCUCAGGUUGGAGCAGACGGUCUUUACUCCUCUCUCCCCAAUGGGCUGGGGGGACCCUCUGAGCACCUGGCCACAUUAUUCCGAGGACCUGCUGACACUGGACUCCUUAACCAGGGGGACACCUGGUCCUCACCCAGAGAAGUCUCCUCUCAUGCCCAGAGAAUCGCUCGAGCCAAAUGGGAAUUCUUCUAUGGCUCUUUGGACCCCCCCAGCUCAGGUGCUAAGCCCCCAGAGCAGGCCCCCCCAUCUCCACCUGGGGCGGGCUCAGGGCAGGGCUCUGGGGUGGCUGUGGGGCGAGCAGCCAAGUACUCCGAGACGGACCUGGACACAGUGCCCCUGAGGUGCUACCGCGAGACCGACAUCGAUGAGGUGCUGGCUGAGCGGGAAGAGGCUGACUCGGCCAUCGAGAGUCAGCCCAGCUCUGAGGUCCCGCCUGGCACUGCCCGCCCACCUGCCCCACGUCCCGGCCCAUGCCUUGGCCCUCGUUCCAGCCUGGGCAGUGGCAAUGAGGACGAGGAUGAGGCAGGUGGGGAAGAGGAUGUGGACGACGAGGUGUUUGAGGCCUCAGAAGGGGCCCGGCCAGGCACCCGAAUGCCUCACUCCGGGCCUCUCAAGUCGCCUCUGCCCUUUCUACCUGGGACCAGCCCCUUGGCUGAUGGGCCCGACUCUUUCAGUUGUGUGUUUGAAGCCAUCUUGGAGUCACACCGGGCCAAGGGCACCUCCUACACCAGCCUCGCCUCGCUGGAGGCCCUGGCCUCACCUGGCCCAACCCAGAGCCCCUUCUUCACCUUUGAGCUGCCUCCCCAGCCCCCUGCCCCCAGGCCUGACCCACCUGCUCCUGCCCCACUUGCCCCUCUUGAACCGGAUUCUGGUACCAGCUCUGCUGCUGAUGGGCCUUGGACACAGAGAGAGGAGGAAGAGGAGGCAGAGGCUGGAGCCAAGCAGGCCCCAAGGAGGGAGCCCCCUAGUCCCUGCCGCUCAGAAGACAGCUAUGGGCUGGGGGCAGCUCCCCUGGGCAGUGAACCACCCCUGAGCCAGCUCGUGUCCGAUUCGGACUCAGAGCUGGACAGCACAGAGCGGCUGGCCCUGGGAAGCACAGACACCUUGUCCAAUGGGCAGAAAGCAGACCUGGAGGCUGCGCAGCGCCUAGCUAAGAGGCUGUACCGACUAGAUGGCUUCAGGAAGGCGGAUGUGGCCCGGCAUCUGGGCAAGAACAAUGACUUCAGCAAACUUGUGGCUGGCGAGUACCUGAAGUUCUUUGUCUUCACGGGCAUGACUCUGGACCAAGCUCUCAGGGUGUUUCUGAAGGAGCUGGCCUUAAUGGGUGAGACCCAGGAACGGGAGCGCGUGCUGGCCCACUUCUCCCAGAGAUACUUCCAGUGCAAUCCUGGAGCCCUGUCCUCAGAGGACGGUGCGCACACGCUGACCUGCGCCCUCAUGCUACUCAAUACGGAUCUCCAUGGCCACAACAUCGGGAAGCGCAUGACCUGCGGAGACUUCAUUGGUAACCUGGAGGGCCUCAACGAAGGCGGCGACUUCCCCAGAGAGCUGCUCAAGGCCUUGUACAGCUCCAUCAAGAAUGAAAAGUUGCAGUGGGCCAUAGACGAGGAGGAGCUGAGACGCUCUCUGUCUGAGUUGGCCGACCCCAACCCCAAGGUCAUCAAGAGAGUCAGCGGGGGCAGUGGCAGCGGCUCCAGCCCUUUCCUGGACCUGACUCCCGAGCCUGGGGCCUCAGUCUACAAGCACGGGGCCUUGGUGCGAAAGGUGCACGCAGACCCUGACUGCAGGAAGACACCUCGGGGCAAGCGGGGCUGGAAGAACUUCCACGGGAUCCUCAAGGGCAUGAUCCUCUACCUGCAGAAGGAGGAGUACCAGCCUGGGGAGGCCCCAUCGGAGGCUGAGCUGAAGAAUGCCAUCAGCAUCCACCACGCACUGGCCACGCGUGCCAGUGACUACAGCAAGAGGCCCCACGUCUUCUACCUGCGCACCGCUGACUGGCGCGUCUUCCUCUUCCAGGCCCCGAGCCUGGAGCAGAUGCAGUCCUGGAUCACUCGCAUCAAUGUGGUGGCUGCUAUGUUCUCCGCACCCCCCUUCCCAGCUGCUGUCAGUUCCCAGAAGAAGUUCAGCCGCCCUCUGCUGCCCAGUGCUGCCACCCGCCUCCCCCAGGAGGAGCAGAUGCGGACCCACGAGGCCAAGCUGAAGGCCAUGGCAAGUGAGUUGCGGCAGCACCGGGCUGCCCAUCUGGGCAAGAAGGCCCGGGGCAAGGAGGCUGAGGAGCAGCGGCAGAAGGAGGCCUAUCUGGAGUUUGAGAAAUCUCGCUACGGCACAUAUGCAGCGCUGCUUCGGGUCAAGCUGAAGGCGGGCAGUGAAGAGCUGGAUGCGGUAGAGGCAGCACUGGCCCAGGCCGGGAGUACGGAGGACGGACUCCCCCCUCCUCACUCCAGUCCCUCCUCUCAGCCCAACACCUCCAGCCAGCCCCGGGCUCAGUGUCCUGGCCCAGAGUCUCGCGCAGGGGCAGGCAGUGGGCGGUGGAAGCCCUGAGUUGCGGGUGGGAGUAGGGGGGGUGGUGCCCACCAGGCACCUGCAUGACAGGGCCCUGCCUGAGCCCGGGCCGGCCUCGGGCCACCUGGGAGGGCCCCUUGGUCCAGGGCCUGACCGCGCCGGACGCGGUGUCCGGGGCAGGGCAGGGCUAGGGCACGGGCCUCAGGAGCCUUAGGCUAAGGGCCCCUCUGAGACCCCCUUUUUGUGAUAAUGUUUUGCACUUUUUCGUACAGGGGACUGGGACGGGAGGGGCCAGGGCCCCUGGAAUUUUGAUGCUUUUUUUUUUGUGGGGGAGACCUGACGUUUCUGCUGAGACCACCCCACCCCUGACACCAGCAAUCCCCCUCCAUCCUGGGGCCUGGCUCAGACAGAAGCCAGGAGUUGGGGCUGAGCUGGUUUUCCCUCCCUCUUCCGUGAGGGCUCACCCUCUCUCUUUCCAGAGGUGGAGGAAGGGUGUCCAUGCUGAGGCCCUAUGCACAGGCCAGGGGCAGCAUGGCCUUGCUUUCCCUCCUUCAGUGGGCCCUGCCCUUUGUAUAGCCUCCACCUCCAUUAAAACUGCUCUAGACUUGC